GAAAAGUUGUUUGGCUGAAAUGUCGUGUGACAUUAAUUGCAUUGACUAUAACAGUACAAUGGCGUUCGUUCAGGAGAAUGAUGCCCUGGACGAGGAACGAGAUAAAGACGAUGUGCAGGCAGUGCUCAGCAAACUCAGCACCUCGGCGUUAUUGGAGUCUACAUUAGAAGGACUGGACGGAUAUGGACUAUGUGAUCCUGUUCAACCGGAACCGGAAGAUUGUCUUUGUGGAUACUCUCGUUUACGAAUGCAGUGCGCAGAUGAAGCAGCAAUGCAUUGGAGAUCGCCCUCAUCGGUGGCUUGUACAGCUUAUCAGAACUUCCUGCUUUGUCUCAAAAGAGAGCAUUCGCGUUGUCGUCGCCAUUUUGUUGAUCCAUUGGAGCGGAUUCACUCUCGUCUGCUAGAAAGGUGCUUUUGUUGACAGAAAAAAAAUGGUGUUGUUGUAUUUGCCAAGUGUGAACUGUAAUUGCAACAGACAUUUUUAAUCCAUUUGUUCAUAUUUAUAGCAUCAUAGACUGACUAGUUUAUUGUAGAGCAUGGCAUGUCAAGAAGACAUCAGCUAUGUUACCAUAGUAACAAUAUCAUGG